GGAAUCUUGUCGGACGACGGGGUGCUGGCGGCCGCCCUGUGGAGGAACAUGUUCAACCGCCAGUGCGAGGACCCCAGGCAGCUGGAGCUCAUCCUGGAGUACGUCCGCAAACAGGUGAGAGAGGAAGAGAACACUCCGUAUCACCAAAUAAAAAAAAAUGUUUCUGGCCUCAAGGUUUUCAGCUUGCACCCAAAAAUGAGUCAGCCCUGACUUAUCAGGUGAGGAAAGACCUGAGGGACGUUUCACAAUUUUGUUGUAGCCCUGAACUAGCUCACUUGAUUCACCUAGUCAAGGGCUUGAUGAUUAAUUGACAAGCUAAAUCAGGUGUGCUAGUUCUGGAAUAAUUCAUAUACAGUGGGGAGAACAAGUAUUUGAUACACUGCCGAUUUUGCAGGUUUUCCUACUUACAAAGCAUGUAGAGGUCUGUCAUUUUUAUCAUAGGUACACUUCAACUGUGAGAGACGGAAUCUAAAACAAAAAUCCAGAAAAUCACAUUGUAUGAUUUUUAAGUAACUAAUUUGCAUUUUAUUGCAUGACAUAAGUAUUUGAUCAACUACCAACCAGUAAGAAUUAUGGCUCUCACAGACCUGUCAGUUUUUCUUUAAGAAGCCCUCCUGUUCUCCACUCAUUAACUGUAUUAACUGCACCUGUUUGAACUCGUUACCUGUAUAAAAGACACCUGUCCACACACUCAAUCAAACAGACUCCAACCUCUCCACAAUGGCCAAGACCAGAGAGCUGUGUAAGGACAUCAGGGAUAAAAUUGUAGACCUGCACAAGGCUGGGAUGGGCUACAGGACAAUAGGCAAGCAGCUUGGUGAGAAGGCAACAACUGUUGGCGCAAUUAUUCGAAAAUGGAAGAAGUUCAAGAUGACGGUCAAUCACACUCGGUCUGGGGCUCCAUGCAAGAUCUCACCUCGUGGGGCAUCAAUGAUCAUGAGGAAGGUGAGGGAUCAGCCCAGAACUACACGGCAGGACCUGGUCAAUGACCUGAAGAGAGCUGGAACCACAGUCUCAAAGAAAACCAUUAGUAACACACUACGCCGUCAUGGAUUAAAAUCCUGCAGCGCACGCAAGGUCCCCCUGCUUAAGCCAGCGCAUGUCCAGGCCCAUCUGAAGUUUGCCAAUGACCAUCUGGAUGAUCCAGAGGAGGAAUGGGAGAAGGUCAUGUGGUCUGAUGAGACAAAAAUAGAGCUUUUUGGUCUAAACUCCACUCGCCAUGUUUGGAGGAAGAAGAAGGAUGAGUACAACCGCAAGAACACCAUCCCAACCGUGAAGCAUGGAGGUGGAAACAUAAUUCUUUGGGGAUGCUUUUCUGCAAAGGGGACAGGACGACUGCACCGUAUUGAGGGGAGGAUGGAUGCGGCCAUGUAUCGCAAGAUCUUGGCCAACAACCUCCUUCCCUCAGUAAGAGCAUUGAAGAUGGGUCGUGGCUGGGUCUUCCAGCAUGACAACAACCCGAAACACACAGUAAGGGCAACUAAGGAGUGGCUCUGUAAGAAGCAUCUCAAGGUCCUGGAGUGGCCUAGCCAGUCUCCAGACCUGAACCCAAUAGAAAAUCUUUGGAGGGAGCUGAAAGUCCGUAUUGCCCAGCGACAGCCCCGAAACCAGAAGGAUCUGGAGAAGGUCUGUAUGGAGGAGUGUGCCAAAAUCCCUGCUGCAGUGUAUGCAAACCUGGUCAAGACCUACAGGAAACGUAUGAUCUCUGUAAUUGCAAAAUAUUAAGUUCUGCUUUUCUGAUGUAUCAAAUACUUAUGUCAUGCAAUAAAAUGCAAAUGAAUUACUUAAAAAUCAUACGAUGUGAUUUUCUGGAUUUUUGUUUUAGAUUCCGUCUCUCACAGUGGACGUGUACCUAUGAUAACCUGCAAAAUCGGCAGUGUAUCAAAUACAUGUUCUCCCCACUGUACAUGGAAUGUCUGUGGGUCCCUGAGAAGAGGAAAGCUGCUCUAGGGUGUCCUCUCAAGUCCAGGAUAAUUUUUGUUGUGGAGCGCCUUUUUUAGUUACACGCUUAAGAUUUUUAGAACCAGAACAGCUGAGUGGUGUAAAGCAAGCUUUGAACCAAAUUAUUUUAGAUGUCACCAGCCCAAAAGUUUGAAAACUACUAUACUUAAACAUUGCGACCUUACAGCCUUAAUAGUCUCUUACAGUAGCUCUUGGUUAGGUGCUGGAGAAUGGUGUUUUGGACUGGUUGCCUCUACGGUCAGCCGUUGGGCUCCAUAUUAGAUUGGCUCACUGUGACUCACUGCCACUUUUUCUGACCAUACUCUAUGCAACAUGCCUGUUAUUAGAGUGAUGAGGAGAGUAGGUAGUCACCCAGUCCCACCCUCCUCUCCCUUCCCGCACCCCUGGGCUCUCUGCCACAGCUCCCAGUGAAGCCCCCUCUGUAUAUUUUCCUUUUCUGUGAUUGAAAACACGCCUGCUUGGAGAAACACCUGCAGGCUGUGUCCGCACAGGCCAUAUGUUCACUAAGAUUCCACAAGAAGGCUCUCCUCACUGCUUGCCCUCUCUCUCAUCUAUAGCCCCCUACAAACCGAAAGGCCAACAUACAUUGGGGAAACAAGCGUCAGUCUGCUAGCCAGGUCCUUGAUCCUUCCCUGGUCCCCGACACACAGUAUCGUGCAUCAAGCUUGGGCAAGAUCUGUUAAAGGUGGCGGAUUUACGGUCAAACUCAAGCGUUUUACCGUUUCCUCAACCCAAGCCAGCGCUGCAACAGUGGAACUGUGACGUUAGUAGAAAAACGAAUGAAAGUGGCUUUGGGGAACGUGUGACUUGUCCACUCCACUGGCACCCGCCUUGGUCCUGUUGUGUGUUGUUGGUGUGUACGUAGUCCAGGGCCUGCCCCACUCUCCUGCCUGCUUGCAUUAAAGGUGUCCUCCAUCAUUGCACACAGAGACCCUGCCACAGGUUCCAGCCAGCUGCAAGCGCACAUUACAAGCACUGCCAAAAAUGUAUGAGACGAGGGGGGACUUUUCAAGAGAAAAACAAACAAACGAGAUACUGUUUCUCUGAGCUCGCCGGGAUUGCAAGAGUAUAGUCGAGUUCUUGAAGAAGGCGGGGGUCAAGGGGGCUAGAACUGUUUCAUCACAGGUGCAGCACAUAAAACCUGGCCGUGCCUGAUGACACACUUACAGGAGAGGAAAUCGCAAGCCCCUGCGAUGAAGUCACGUACAGUGGUCACGCGCUGCACUGGCAUCAUUACUCACACUAAUUACUUUCAUCAAAUGCUCCUUCCAUGAGCUCAGGCCACUGGUUGAAUUAAGACACCGGGUCGAGGUGUCCUCGCCUUGCCAUAUUAAGAAAUAAAUAAAUCUAUGCAGCCUGCUAACUCCUAAACUGUAGCGUGACCAUGAUCACUGCACUGUCCCCAGUGGAAGCUAAAAUAACUGCCCUCUGGUGGCUAACGCUGUAACAGAGCCAUGUUUUUCCACAAUUUACAGCUCUUGUAAACAACAUGGUACACAAAAUACCAUGUUAAGAAAAAUACUGUGUUUAGUUGGUUGCUUUUGUCAAUGUUCUACACACUUAUCAUUUGACUAUUCAGUACAUAAGAAAAAUAUGAAGCAUCAGUUUGCUUCCUCUGUAAUAGAUGUCCUUGAACCAGUCUUAAUGGUACUUUCUUUAUGUCUGUGCUUGUUCCACACAGAUGCAGUUCAUCGAUACUCUGGACGGGGAGGACCUGCUGCUGACAGGGGAGGUCAAGUGGCGUCCCCUCCUGGAGAAGGAUGCACAGAGCAUCCUAAAGGUCCCCACCCCCACCUACAACGACGCUGGGCUCUGA